UAGGGUAGGUCAUGGAUCGCACUACCUAAGGACGCCAAAGCCACAGAUGACCAUAGGUACAUACCGAAGAGGCUGGUGCACACGUGGAGUGGUCAUUCGAAAGGGGUUUCCGCGAUUAGGGUUUUCCUUAGGCAUGGGCAUUUGCCUCUCUCUGCGGGGAUGGAUACGAAGGUGAAGAUUUGGGACGUGUUCAAUUCGAGCAAGUGUAUAAUGGUACAUGGCGAGGCAAUUCGCGAUAUCUGGUUUUUUAAUGAUGGGUCUAAGUUUUUGUCAACUGGAUAUGAUAAGAACAUCAAGUACUGGGAUUCUAAAACGGGACAAGUGAUAUCGGCAUUCUCUAUCGGGAAGAUACUUUAUGUGGAUAGGUUGAACCCAGAUGAGGAUAAGUAGAAUAUACUCGUGGUGGGCAUGAGUGACAAGUACCGGUCAAAAAUUGUGGAGUUUAUGAAUACUGGUCAAAUCACCCAAGAGUAUGAUCAACAUUUAGGAGCAGUUAAUACAAUCACAUUCGUAGACGACAACAGAAGAUUUAUUACUAGUAGUGAUGACAAGUCUCUCCGGGUAUGGAAAUUUGGGAUACCUGUUGUCAUAAAGUAUAUUAGCGAGCCUCAUAUGCAUUCUAUGCCAUCAAUAUAGCACACAAACAGAAACUGGCUAGCAGUGCAGAGUUUGGACAAUCAUUACAGCAUUAGAGAGAGAUUUCAGCUUAAUAGGAAGAAAAGUUUUGUGGGGCAAAUAGUGGCUGGAUAUGUAUCGAACGGAAGGUUUGUCAUCGGAGAUGGUAAGGGUAAGUGCUGGUUUUGGGAUUGGAAGAGUUGCAAAGUCUUUAGAACUCUUAAGUUUCAUGAAAGGGGGGUAUGCAUUAGUUGCGAGUGGCAUCUGUUGGAACAAAGUAAAGUGGCAACUUGCGGGUGGGACGGCUUGAUUAAGCUGGUAAGAUUUCUAAUCCUUGACUCAAAGUAGCACAUUUUUACCCUGUGGUUUUCUGGUAUGACUGCUUUAUAUCACAUGAUUAUGUUGUUUAUUUUUGUCUCAUUCUAGCUUAUUUUGCACUAUGGUAAUGGUCUCUAGACUCUAGUAAACUUAUUUCAAUUCCCUUAGGUGCUCUGCUUCCAUUUGCCAAGCCUAAAUAAUUUUGGAAAAUCUCUGAAGUGAUAAACUUUAUUGACUUGUUUCUUGUGGUGGUAUAAGGAGUGUCAGUCACGCAUGGUAAUGGAUGGAACAUUAGAGGGAUAAUCAUAGUUUCAUGGAAGGGGUAUAUUCAAGUAAUAGUGCUUAUGAUGAUCGAGAGAAAGAAAGAGAGUUAAUUGGUGAUCUUACCGGAUUCCGGGUUACACAGGCAGGGUGAGUGGUUUUGUUUGUCACUCAAUUUUUGUGUAAACGUUCCUCUUGAUCUCUUUGCUUAAGUCCAAGUUCAGAGUAUAAUGUGCCAAUAAGAAGAUGGAGCCCGGAAGCUUCAUAAUGGAUUUGGUAAGCUAGACCCCAUGCAAAGGCUUGGUGUGUCUUAGGUGUUUUGAGAAACAAAGGAAAAGAUCUUGUGCAUGGAAGAAGUUUGAUGGUGUAUUGGAAAGGAAGAAUCCCGUAGGACACCAUUCAUGGUUAAUGUGGUGUAUUUUUGUUGAAAAGAGCCUCAUUCCUUUGAUGGCUAAGACCAUUGUUUUCUUGUUUGACGAUGUGAGCAAUGGUGGGUUUUGUUUUCUUGGGUGACGAGAGAGGUGGACGCUUUUCUCGAGUUCUUGUGGAGCUGUUGAUAAUUCAGCAUUUGGAUUCUUUUGGUUUUGAAUUCCGUUCUUUCAAGUAAGAUUACCACAGGUCAAUUCUGUUGGAAUGCAUUCAUUUUGGUUUUCAUGUCAGAGUUUGUUUGCUGGU